GCGUUUUGAAAACAUCAUGGCGGCGUACACGGCCACCACAGCCGCCAGAUACUCAAAAUUUGUUUUUCGAAGAGACACUUUUCUGACCUCAAAGAAAGUCAGCCGACUGUCAGCCAUUUACUCAGGAAACGGUUACGCUAGUUGGAGGACCUGCAGUUCAUCCUGCUCGGAGUCUCCAGCAGCAGAUACUUGUGCCUUCAGUGGACACUAUAGUCGCCUCGUUCAGUGUGGCUCCCUGAAGAAAGAUGCUCAGCAAACACACGUUCUCCAGCAGCUGUCUCAGCUGCAGCUCACCCUGGAGAACUACAGUAACAGCAUCUACCUAAACUCUAACGAUUACAACAAUCAGCCUUCAAAAGAAGAUAAAGACCCCCACAUUACAGCUGAACACAAAGGUGGUGGGUCUGCUACUAAGGAGGAACCCUCUCCACCACCACCACCCAAAGGCUUCUACAUCUAUGGAGAUGUUGGCACAGGGAAGACCAUGCUCAUGGACAUGUUUUAUUCCCAUGUGGAAAACACUUGUAAAAAGAGAGUCCACUUCAAUGGCUUCAUGUUGGACAUCCACAAAAGGAUCCAUCGGAGGAAACAAAGCCUGCCAAAACGGAAGCUCGGAAAAUCCACCUAUGACCCCAUAUCACCGGUUGCCAUGGAGAUCAGCAAUGAAACCUGCCUGUUGUGUUUUGAUGAGUUUCAGGUGACCGACAUUGCUGAUGCCAUGAUCCUGAAGCAGCUGUUUGAGACGCUGUUCAAGACUGGCGUGGUGGUGGUGGCCACCUCCAACAGACCUCCUGAUGAUCUGUACAAAAACGGACUUCAGAGGGACACCUUCCUACCUUUCAUCGACGUGCUAAAGGAGUAUUGCCACCCCAUGUGCCUGGACUCUGGGAUCGACUACAGGAGGCUGGAUAACACUGCAGUGGGGAAACUCUACCACCUCACAGGGGAGCCUGGUGCCGAGGCCUUCUUGGAUGCGCUGUUUGAGGAGCUGGCCGUAAGUCAGAAAUGUGUUACAGGCCCUCAGUUGCUCACAGUUCUGGGCAGAGACGUGACUCUAGAAAAGACCUGUGGCUCCAUCGCUGACUGUAGUUUUGAUGAGCUGUGUGGCAGACCUCUGGGGGCCAGUGACUACCUGGAAAUGGCACGGCUCUUUGACACCAUAUUCAUUCGCCAUGUUCCCAUUCUGACAUUGACGCUGAAGGAUCAGGCCAGACGCUUCACCACCCUCAUAGACAACUUCUACGACAACAAGGUGAGAGUGGUGCUGCUGGCAGCUUCUCCUUUAGAAAGGCUGUUUGUCCACACUGGAGGGGACAAUGAGAAGGACAGACAACUGCUGGAUGACCUGGGCCUCAGCGGGGAGGCAGCCGAGCGCCUGACACUGUUCACAGCCGAGGAGGAGAUCUUUGCCUUCCAGAGGACCGUCUCCAGACUGAUGGAGAUGCAAACUGAAUCAUACUGGAUGAAAGGAGAGCGCAGUCGCAGCAAGAAACACAUGAACACCUAACAUCCACUGCUGACCGCCUGAUAAUCGUGUAGACCUCAAGACAACGCUGUACCUCACUAACUACUCAUACUACUCAAGAGAAGUUCAUAAUUAGCAGAAAAAGAAAAGACUCCGCAGAAAAUAUAUAACAAAACUCGCUACCUGUUUUUGAUUUGGAUCCGACUCCUAUUGAUCUCAUGCAUGUGUGUUCUACCGUUUUACGGUUUGGUCCUCUUCUAAGAGGUGUGCUCUCUCCCCCUUGUGGACCAUUUAUUUUAAGGAAUAUGGAAACCUGCCCAACAUGUGUGAACCACAAGGCAAACAGGUGCUCACUUCAGAGAGACAAAGUGUCCCUAAGAGUAGUUGGCUACCUCCCUCUAGUGGGCGAAUGUGUGAAGGGUGAGACAAUUCUCAAGCUGUUCCUGUUUUUAGGAACAAUAGUAAUCUCUGUGCGGUUUCUCUAUAAAAUCUGGUAAAUGUUGUGCAUGAUAUUAAUCUGAAUAUUCCACCCAUUAAGCCCACUAGCUGUUAGAUUGGCAUUGAUGUAUUCAGCAAGAUGGUUUGACUACAGUUUCUAUUUAUAACACUGCAGUAAAACACUUUGUGAACACGUAUAAUAAAAUUGUCAACACUAAUAA